GUGACUCCGCGCAGACUGGACUCAAACCACUUUGCCGCCAUCAGUCUGGUCCUCACUACCUCCACCCUCAUUACGGGCAUCAACACCCUGUUGAGCUUCUAUGGCUGGCAGACGAUUGCCGUCUUCCAUGAAGUCAGCCUGGAGGGUGGCGAGUCUGCGUUUCUGGCGCAUCAGAUAGUUCUGACGUUGAGCGUCGGGGGUGCCAGCACGGGACCCUUUAAAGUUGUGCGUCGACAGGGCCUGCGUCAGGGAAUGAAUCAUGCAGAACUACUGGCCGACAAGUACAGUCAACUGGAUGGUCAGCCCUCCAUCUUUUGUCCACAGCUUCUUCCUUCAACGCCCUUCUUCGGACACCUCGGAGUGAGCUUCUUUCUCACUGACGGAAUCUGUGGACCCACUUUUACACUCUUUGACUAUUCCUCCAGUAUCGUCUCUCCUGUCGAAGCCAUGCAAAGUUUGGAGGGCUGGCACCAACCUGGUGCCCCACCAGUUGUGCAACUAUCUGCCGGCUUCUUCAGAAUUCCAGGUUGCAAUCUGAGACAAAACAGACGAUCUAGCGCUAUUUUAGCCGCCUUGAGCACAAUAAAUGGCACAGCAGCCCUGGAAAACGAGUUUGCUGUCUUCAUUGGUCCACCCAUGACAGGCGACUGUGGUCUUGUGUCGGAUUGGAUAUCCCUGGGCGACCAGGGUGAUUCGCAAGACCUUGGCCUCUAUGAAAUCAGCUAUUUAUGUCGUAGGAACAUUAGGGCUGAGGCCCUUGCCACCGUAGUCGACGGUGAUGACCGAAAACCCUUCGGAGCCUAUAUGAACUCCUUUAGCACGCCGUCGAAUACGAGAAAGUAUCUGAAGGCCUUGACGGCUUUAUUUUACAGAUAUCGCUGCAAGUACGUUGUUAUGUUUUAUGAACUCAGUUCCGAUAUAACGGACAAUGGAUUUUUCGCCAAUGAGUUGUCAGUCUUAUUGGCCAAUGCUAUUAUACUGCUUACGCGGCCGGCAUUGGCGAAGGAGUUCUUGAUAGAAACGCGCAAUGUUACUGCCAUCAAACAAGGCAUAAUUGCAAUCAUCCACAUCGAGCCUACGGACAUGUUGACCUAUGAUAUCCUGCGAUUGUGGCGAAAUGAACUGGAAAGUGGAGUUGACCUGGGAGCGGCCGGGCAGAGUCUCAUCAUCAUGACAACUCUGCCAACGAGGACUAUCUAUCAGCCCAACUCUUCCAUUUAUACGAACGACGUCUACGUGCCCAUCACCCCUGAGAUCACCUUCCACUUUGAGAACUACAGUACCAAUGAGAUCCGCGGUCUGUACGACAUGUUCAUUUUCUCCCUAAAUCUGGAGGUCUCAUUUGGCCGCCGUAAUGUCUCCCAGAUGACUUUCGAUGAGAUUUUCCUCCUGACCGACGUGAUUCUUUGGCCACUGAUUGCGGUACAGCGUGUGGCCGACAAAGUUUGGCCUGGAGACAGCAACGGGCCUAGUCGAAAUCCCUGCCUAAUUUACGACUGUGAAAUGGCCGGCAGCGUUCAGGAAAUUACUCUCAUUAUAUUGGGAGGAAUAAUCAUCGUCGGGGUGAGCAAUCUGGCCAGGAUUGUCUACAUCAGGCGCCUACGACAAGAGAAGAGGGUUCUUGGAGGCAAUGCGAAGCUAAUUCUCUAUGCCGAUGAUAUAUCUUAUGUGAGGGAAGGCAAACACGUAUCGGUAAGCAUUUAA